CAUAGGCGUAUAUGUCUCUAAUUGAAUAAGAUCUGUUGAUUUCUUGAUUGCGUUAAAUUUAAUUGCAUAUUUCCUUUAACUAUCCAAAUAAUAAUUUAUAUUAUCUGUACAAUGUCAGGACCUUCAACUAUGCUUGCUUAUGAAUUACACAGAUACGCGGAAUAAAGUGUACACGAUCAAGAUCAAAUUCAGUCUAUACAAAUUCUCGAGUGUCUUAUCAUUUUACGUGCAAGCGAGCUGCAAACGAUACGCUCGUUUUUUUUUUCCGGUCGUUUAUUUCAUUGUUUAUUUAUAAUUUGAGUAGGUCUACAAACCAAAACAAUAUAUAACUGUACGAUUUCUGAAGGGAAUUAAGGUAACGUUUCGGUGUAUCCACUGAUUGGUAGAGAGGCCUUGGCUGAGAGGCUGGGCGAGCGUUACGUAACAAACAUCGUCGGCCGUUGGCCAAUCCAAUCCGGCUUUUGACUCACCGGCAAGGUUUUCAAAACCUCAGUAUUUGGAUCAUGUCAAUGAGGAAAUUCCUUUCCCUCCAGUCUCGCCUGGCUGGCCAACACCUGAUCAAAAGCCAGUGCGUUCCGACGCGGCCUACAAACCGGACGUUUGUAUCGCGAACAAUAGGAAACGCGACGCUCUUGCUUUGUGACGUGAACGGAGGAGUAAAAACCAACGGAUUAUUAAUCAUGGGUUGCACCACAUCGAGACUAGGGAUAUCCACAUCCAACACAACCACAAAGGAUGACGUCUACGUGGAAGACGUGGUGUGCCAGGAUGGCGACAUCAAAGAGAACGAGAUGAAAUCCUUCGAGCUGGGCGACGCCGGAAAGGUGCUGCUGGUCAGGCAAAAUGGGAAACUCAGCGCAAUUGGGUCAAAGUGUACCCAUUACGGGGCCCCUCUGGAGACGGGAGCUCUGGGCGAGGGUCGUAUCAGAUGCCCAUGGCAUGGGGCAUGCUUCAAUAUUGCAAACGGCGACAUUGAAGAUUUCCCAGGAUUGGAUUCGUUGCCUUGCUACGAAGUCAAAGUGGAGAAUAACAAUGUUAAAGUACGCGCGAAGAAGUCCGACCUGCAAUCCAACAAAAGAGUUAAAACCAUGUGCAAGAUGGAUUCUGGAAAUGAUGAAAAAAUCGUCGUGAUCGGAGGAGGACCGGCCGGUGCUACUUGCGUGGAAACUUUGCGACAGGAAGGAUUCACAGGCAAAAUAACUAUGAUUUGCAAAGAGAAUUACUUGCCCUAUGAUCGUGUAAAGGUUUCAAAGAGCAUGGACGUGGAUAUCGAGAAAAUACAGCUGAGAUCCGAUGCUUUUUACAAAGAGCACGACAUCGAGGUGCUUAAGAAUACCGAAGCGGUCUCGGUCGAUACCCAAGCUAAUUCGGUGAGCUUGAAUAAUGGUAAAAAGCUGGAUUACACCAAAAUUUUCAUUGCUACCGGUUCAAAGGCCAUGAAGGCUAACAUUCCAGGAGCGGAAUUGGGUAAAGUUGUCGUGAUUAGGAAUUACGAUGAUGCUAAAUACAUCAGGCAGUUACUCAAUAAGGAGAUGAAUGUGGUUGUUUUGGGUGCUAGUUUUAUAGCUAUGGAAGCAGCUAGUUAUUGCGUGGACAAAGUAAAGAGCGUAACUGUAAUUGGCAGGGACCAAGUACCAUUCAGGCAAUUACUUGGUACUGAAAUUGGAAGCGCUUUCAAGACUUUGUUUGAAGAGAAGGGCAUUAAGUUUGUCAUGAAUUCCGGAAUGAAAGCAUGCAUUGGGGAUGGAGAGGGUAACAUUCAGCAGGUGGAAUUGGUUAACGGCGAUAGGUUGGAAGCGGACCUUUGUAUUAUGGGCGUAGGCGGUGCUGUAAACACCGAAUUCUUGAAAAAUUCAGGAAUCGAAUUGACGAAGAAUGGAUCAAUCGAGGUUAAUGAAUUCAUGCAGAGUAACGUACAAAAUGUUUACGUUGGAGGAGAUAUAGCUUUUGCUCCAGUGUAUUCCAAUGAUAAUUUAAAAUCUGCAAUUGGGCAUUAUCCAUUGGCACAUUACCAUGGUAAAAUUGCAGCGAUGAACAUGACCGGCAAGGCCACUCCCCUAAAAGCCGUACCAUUCUUUUGGACUAUGCUUUUUGGUAAAGGUAUCCGAUAUUCUGGUCACGGUAAAUACGAUAAUAUUUUGUAUUCCGGUAACGUACAAGAGCUGAAAUUUGUCGCUUACUACAUGAAAGAUGAUAGAGUCGUAGCUAUUAGCAGCUGCGGACGGGAUCCUAUUGUAUCUAAAUAUGCGGAAUUAAGGGCGCAGGGCAAAGAUCUACUCAGGAACGAUUUAGGAGAAGACCUUCUCGCCUGGACACGUUAAAUAUAUGUUACGAAAAGCAAAGUAUUAACUUAUUAUCUUGUUAUUUAUGUUAGUUACUUGAGAUUUCUAAUUAAUAUUUAUAUAUCAAA